UCCCGUAGAGUUUCUUGGCAUUUGGAAGGCGUGAUUAGGGCUUGUGGGAGCUCCGCUAGGGCUCUUCGAUCCCGAUCCUCGCCGCAAUGUCGGACGCAAUGGUAAAUGGAUUGGCAGGCGCUGGAGGCGGCCUCGUCGCGCAGCUCCUCACUUACCCGCUCCAGACGGUAAAUACUAGACAGCAGACGGAGAGGAGAUCAAAGAAGGCCGCGUCUUCCUCCUCGUUGGAUGAUUCGCAAGCGACAAUUCGGAAGAGUGGCACAAUUUUGGAGAUCUACAGGGUGAUAGCGGAGGAAGGAUGGGGUGGAUUAUAUAGAGGUUUGACACCCUCACUUUUGGGAACAGUAGCGUCUCAGAGUGUGUACUACUAUUUCUAUCAGCUGUUUAGAAAUGCGGCCGAGUCUAAUGCUAGACGGAGGAGAAAGAAUGGCAUUGGAGAUGGUACUGUUGGUAUGUCCGACUCACUACUUGUAGCAGCAUUGGCAGGAAGCUUGAACGUGCUCCUGACGAAUCCUAUCUGGGUCGUGGUGACUAGAAUGCAGACACAAACGCAAGCGGAAAUGAAAUCAAGCGCUCUUCAAAGUGAGAUUGAGAAACCUCCUGCAUCUCGUGAAGCAUUGCCAGCGGAUGUUGAAAGUCAAGCAAAACACAUAAAUAUUGUCUCUCCUGCCACCAAUCAUGGUGCCGCCUACACUGUUCAAGACCUCUACCGCGAAGCCGGUUUAAUAGGCUUUUGGAAAGGAGUUCUUCCCACUCUUAUAAUGGUUAGCAAUCCCGCUAUUCAAUUUAUGAUUUAUGAGACCCUAUUAAAGGAACUCACCAAAAAGAGAAAGAUAAACAAGCAUGGGAUGAAAGAUGUUUCCCCUUUAGAGGUAAAUGCGAUUGCUUCCAACAUUCCUCGGUUGACAGUUAACUGCCAGAUUUUUGUGAUUGGUUCUAUUGGCAAGCUCGGUGCCACAAUUGCCACAUACCCGCUGCUCGUAGUAAAGUCGCGCCUCCAAGCGAAGCAAGCAAUCGGUAGGGAUAAAUCAACGCAGUACACAGGAACUUUAGAUGCAAUCUUCAAGAUGAUCAGGUACGAAGGUUUGACCGGGUUCUACAAGGGGAUGAGUACAAAGAUCGUACAGAGCGUGGCAGCUGCGGCCUUGCUCCUUAUGAUUAAGGAAGAGCUGGUCAAGGUGGCUAGAAAGCUAUUACUGAGGCGGCAAAAGAAACUUGCAUCUCGUUAGCUGCUAAGAGGCGAUUUGAAAUAAUUUCUGACUUGACUUCCCAAGGCGUGAAGGAUGUUCCAUUCUUGGCUCGUUUGAAAGCUGCCACCCGAAAGAUUUAAAGAUAUGGAUCGGUUGGAAUCCACACGGGUGUGGCCAAGCACUUUGUAUUGGUAGUCACAAGGGGCCACUCUUUCCUUUGUCGCAUUACAAGCCGGAGCAGAGCUGGAGAACAUGCAGGUGGAUUGGACUAGGAUCAGAGAUCAAGAGAGAGGGUCCGGGAUCUUCUUUCCAGCAAGUUGGAGCAGUCGUGAAUUGCGUGGAUGCUUGGUGGAAAGAGCUGUCACCAGGUUGCUGGGGCUUGUCAGGGACAAAGUCUUUGGCAAACACACUCUACUAGUAUGAAGACCGAUUGUCUUGUCAGUACUCUCUCUCGAAUUGAGACUCCGCAUCAAUGCGGAGAGAUGUUGAUCAAAUGAUCCUGCGCUAAGCCGACCGUCGCUCGCAGCAAACACCCGAGCUUAUUAACCUUGACCUCUGACAGUGACUUUGUGGCUGCAGCAGCAAAUAGAUUGGUGGGACGUUCCCAUUCAGCACAACGAGUAAACAAAGAACGAGAGAAGGAGCCAAAUUGGCGUGUUUACAAAAGCUCGAGCAUCUGCGGUCCCACUCGUUAAGUAGCUACCCUCGUGGAGGAGAGAAAAAAAGAAAGAGGAGAAAAACUGCAAGAGGAAGAAGAAAAGGUUUGCUAUUUUAUGCUACAGUUCUCAUGUUCUUGCUUGUAUAGCCGCACAUUUGGGACUACGAGCAGCCCGAAUGAGACUCGCAACAGCGAGCUCUCAACUACCAGCGUAGCUUCCUAUAUGAUUGUGGCUCGAAAGAUGGUACUCGUUCUUUUGAUUUACCGGCCACUGCUCCUUAGAAUUUCUCUCGGCUUUACAACAAAACUUUUAGCGUGUGCAGUGGUGCUAGAUCUACCGCAGCCUGGCACUCUGCAAUCAAGGAUCGUGCUGUCGGAUAAAGCAGGAACAAGCACAGAGGCCGUGUGCAUAUACCGGCAAACAGAUUACGAAAGAAGUGAUUAUAUGUGCACCGGAGAGGGAGGUAGGUGCAUGUAAACAUCAAUCAUACGCCUUCUGGAGUUGAGAUUCCCAGAAGAAAAUAAAACUCGAAUAGACAGGCUCUCUCCGUGCGACACAAUGCUCUGCAAUUAAUGGGGGAAUGGAAAAUCCCUCUAGAAUGGGUGGAGAAAAGUGGACUUGGAGCCUUGAGGUACAACUGUCCGAUGGUUCCCGGAGGAACUACAAAAGCUGGAUACCAGGGGUGCUGUCGGACACCACGGCGUGAGAUAUUCCAUUGCUGUUAGAUCUUCUAAUCCAGGGAACACGAAGAAAUACACAUGGCCUUAUAUUCGACUUUGGCUUGGCUCGCCGUGCUACGUGAUUUUCCGCAAACUGGCCAAAGAGCUACUAAUAUCAACCAACUAAUCUCACCGUCAUUUGACGUCAGGCUACAUUGCUGCCGAGCUCAUGGUGAUGAAGGCAAGCCAUAUUUUCUGUUCUCUUGUUUUGGUUUCUCUUUUCUUUCGCUCGGUUCUUUUUUUCCCUCAUGCUUUGUUCUCUUCCUCGCGCAGGGUGUGUUGCAACUUGGACAGCGAUGGCGGUUUCCUGAUUGAUUUAAACGGGGGCCGUGUCUCAUUCCCAGCCCGUUUUGUUUGCGUGAAGCUUCUUCUCAAAGCGCGUAAGGAUUUCCAAGCUUCGUUUUUUAUUUCCAGGAACGAAAGAGCGGUUGUUGGCCAGCGGCGUGGGUGUUCUAAACACCACGCAAAACGCGAAUUCUUGCGGGUUAGUUUAUGUGUCGUUACAGGCCUUCAUUUAAACAGCAGAGAAAUUUGGCCGCGUUUGUGAUGCAAGCAAAGCAAGCCAACAAGCAAGCCUCCACCAUCGCCGGGUAAAAACAUUUCUUUUUCCGCUAAUCACAGACUCCAGUUUUUAACCGAGGGGAGGAAGAAUGUCGACAAGGAUGGAGUGUCCUUGAAAGUGAAGGGAAUCGAACCCUGUCAACCCGGAAAAUUAAUCCCGCGGCCGUGGGGCCGCCGGGGUUUUGUCGGAGAUGCAACGACAUGGGACCCGAAAUCAUAUCGGACGCUGAUGCCCGAGCCACUGAGACGCGCACACGUGGCAGUCCACAGUGGCCGCAGUUAAUGCUUGGGUCCCGCCACGUGCGCGCUAGAUGCUGGGUUCCAGAAGGCUGACGUGGCCAAACGGUUUUUUUGCCCUGGAGGUCCCAGGCUCGAAUCGCAAGCGCGUCGGAAGGGAUCUCGCCAAAGUUUAAAAUAAUCGCAACUCGCAACGUUUCGCUUGUUGACAAGAAUUUUUUUUAUAAUCUUGUCAAUGCAACUUGAUCGUAUUUUUUGUGGA